CCUGGGGAGGAGGGGCGAAGGGUCAGAAAGGGGCCAAGGCAGGGAGGGGGCAGAGUCAGGGUCAAGGCUACUGGAGGGAGGGCACAACGGGGCCAGCUGGGAAGGUGGCCCCAAGCCCCCAGGGCACGGCGUGGCUAUCGGGACGGGUGGAGCAGAAACACCUUGGGAGGCGCCGAGCGGCUGAGCGCAGCUGCCCAGGGAAUAGGACGGCGCUUGGGCACCGCGAGCAGAGCGCACUUUCAUAAAUUUUGUAUGGGAGGCGCUCCGUGAGCGGGGGCGGGGAGCGGAGAGGAGAAGGCGGGAGGGGAGGGAGGGAGAAAAGGGAGGGGAGUGAAGGAGAGGUGGGGGAGGCGGGGGGAGGAAGGGAGGCGCCCCGUUCCGCGGCUCCUCCGUGUCCUGCAAACGCUCAAAGGGCUCUUUCCUGCGAGCUCUGGGGCAAGCGCCCAUUUGCAGCAGCAACCCGAGGGGGCGGGGAGGGAGGGGGCCGUGGCCCACAGGCCAGGGGGGCGGCUUCUCCCCUCAAAAUCGCCGCCAAAGUGCUCCAGCCGGCAGAGGCGCGGGAGAAGCGAGAGAGUAAGAGAACGCCGUCGUCGCUGCCGCCUCCGGUUCCUGGGCAGGAGCAGCUCCCAGCCCGGCCCAAGGCACCUCCAGCGGACUCGCCCCGGCCGAGCGCUAGCGGCCGCCCCUCAUUUGGGCCGGGACAGGGCAGGGCAGGGCAGGGCAGGGCAGGGCAGGGCAGUGCAAGGCAGUGCCGAGCUGCCGCAGCACUUGACCGCGGGGCAGCUAUCCCCUCGGCUGCAGAAGAAGCGGCAGCAGCGGCGGCGCGAGGUUGGGGCUCAGGAUGCCCCUGUGGAGUCGGGGCGCUGGGCAGGAGCAGGUCGCCGGGGCGCCCCCCGCUCCGCGCCCUCGGAUUAGCUGCAGCUCACACCCAGGGAUCUGAAGCUGGACCCCGCGUGGGACCGCCCCAUCUCCGGCCUCUGACAGAGCGGCGGCCCCGCGACCAAGAUGCUCGCGAAAGGUCACUAUGUGAAGCUGUUCCUGGUGCUUUGUGGUCUGGAGCUCCAGGCGGGCAUCUGUUGCCCCGUGGACUGUGUGUGCUACCCUGCGCCCAUGACCGUCAGCUGCCAGGCACACAAUUUUGCCACCAUCCCUGAGGGCAUCCCUGAGGACAGUGAGCGCAUCUUCCUGCAGAAUAACCAGAUCAGCUUCCUCCUCCCCGGCCACUUCAGCCCCUCCAUGGUCACCCUCUGGAUCUAUUCCAACAACAUCACCUCCAUCGACCCCGACACCUUCAAAGGCUUUGUGCGCCUGGAGGAGCUGGACCUGGGAGACAACCGCCACCUGCGGACCUUGGCCCCCGAGACCUUCCAGGGCCUGGCCAAGCUCCACGCCCUCUACCUGUACAAGUGUGGGCUCAGCUCCCUGCCCGCGGGCAUCUUCGGUGGCCUCCACAGCCUCCAGUACCUCUACCUGCAGGACAAUCGCAUCGAGUCUCUCCAGGACGACACUUUUGUGGAUCUUGUCAACCUCAGUCAUUUAUUCCUCCACGGCAACAAACUCUGGAAACUCGCCCAGAACACCUUCCGGGGACUGGUCAACCUGGACCGCCUGCUCCUCCACGAGAACCGGCUGCGGCUGGUGCAGCACCGGGCCUUCCACGACCUCCAGAGACUCACCACCCUCUUCCUCUUCAACAACAGCCUCUCUGAACUUCAGGGGGACUGUCUCACCUCCCUGGGGGCCCUGGAGUUUCUCCGGCUCAACGGGAACCCCUGGGACUGCGGCUGCCGGGCCCGGUCACUGUGGGAGUGGCUGCGGAGGUUCCGGGGCUCCAGUUCCAGUGUGCUCUGUGCUUCUCCCGAGACGUUGCAGGGCCGGGAUCUGAAGCUGCUCCAGGCCCAGGACUUCAGGAACUGUACAGGGGUUGAGUCUCUGAACCAGCUCAAAUCCCACACCCUCACCACCACCGACCGGGCAGCUCGCAAGGAGCAUCACCCCCCCCACAGUGGCCCCAAGGACAAGGGGUCCCAGCACAGCUUCCACGGCCACCAGCCUGGCUCCCGCCUGGGCUCCAAGAAGUCUGGAAAGAACUGCACGAACUACAGAAACCGGAACCAGAUCUCCAAACCGGGGGCUGGUGGGGCCCGGAAACACGGCCACGAGGUCCAGGACUACGUGCCGGACUACCACCACAAGUUCAACUUUGACAUGAUGCCCACAGCACGCCCCAAAAAGAAGGGCAAAUGCGCCCGGAGGACCCCCAUCCUUUCACCCAGUGGGGUACAGCAGGCCUCCAGGGGCAACGCUCUCAGGGCCUCCCUCCUGGCGUGGAUCCUGGUGCUGGCGGUUACCCUCCGCUGAUAGCUGAGGAGGGCAGUUGGCACAGGGCACUGCCACCUAUCUACAAAGGAACAGAAUUUCUUUUUUCUUUUUUCUACAUGGAGGAUUUGCCGGUUCCAGGGAAAGGAUGGCGGAGGCUUUGGCCAGUCUCUGUCCACGGCCCGGUGGAUUAUCAAGCCCAAAACUGUACAGCACCCACAGUGGAAGGGGAUUAGAGGCAUUACCAACCCAGCUGUCACAAACAGCCCUGUCCGAGCACCCACUGAAACUGCCAACCCAAGUGAGGAGAUUUAAAAAAAAGAUUUUUUUAAAGACACAAGCUAAUCCUUCAUUAGCAACAAAUGAACAAACACACACACAGCUGUGUUCUCUACAAAAUCCUGUUAAUUUUAAGGGGGUUGGAAAGACCCUACACUUCUCGGAUGGAGCAAGACGGCUCUGCGAGAAUUGAGGAUGACCACGGAAGUCCUGAGCGUGUCCACCCAGCGGAUGGCCCUCACACGUACAAUCCUUGGACCCCCGCGGCCUCGUGGGGUUCAGGCCUCUCACAUUCCUGUGUCUCAGGAGACGCUGGCCUAUAGCACUUCAUUGCUGGGCUCCUGAGGGGCCACCUACCAAAGGAAAGGUUGUGAGAGGCUGGAAUUUAGGACUUCCCUGGGAGAAACAAGGCCUUUGCAGAAGGUGGGGUUUCCUAACUGUUCACUUAUAUAUAUAUACUCUCUCUCUUUCUAUAUAUAUAAAUGCACAGGCCUUCCCCCUUCAGUUAUCAAACUGUACAUCUCAUAUCAUGUUUAUAAACUAUAAGGAAAUGAUACCUGCUGAAACUAAGGAUUGUAUUGGUCAAUUUUUAGUGGGGGAAAAAGUUCUAUAAUUUUUUUUUUUUGGUCUAGAAAAACUUGGUAGCCAUAUUUACAAAAUCUGACCCUGGCUCAAUCCAAGGUAAGGGGGUGAUUGCAGAGGAACUGGAAGGUGGCAAGAAUCACUUCAGGGGACCAAUGUUCUUGGUGGCUUAGGGCACUUUUUAUAUGCAAUGAAUUCCCAUCUACCUCCCCUCCCUGCCCCCAACACUCCCUGACACCUCCUGAAACAGCUUCUGUGCCCAAGAAAAGGAAAGAAAACCCAACAGCUUGUGGGCUUCCUAAUGAACCAGGUCCCUGGGGAAUGAACAGAGUGAGGAAGGGGAAAGGAAGAGGGUCGUUUUGUUUAUAAGUGAAGCCGUUUUAAACAGUGUUAGUCCAACAGGUGUGGACAGUGUAGCUAGCCUAGAAGUCACCUACGAGGAGGGCAAGAGGACAGGAGCACAGAGGCUCAUACCCAGUCGUUAAACCUAACCCAACCCAACCAAUGACAUUCCUUAAGACUUGGGGAGAGAACCCUAGUAGAGAAGGGGAUUAGGCGGGGGGGGCAGAUACAUCACCAUUAAGCAUCACUGUGCUAAAUGCUGGGGAUACAAAGAAAGGCAAAGCCAGUCCCUGACCUCAAGGAGCUUACAUUCUAAUGGGGAAGAUAACAGGCACAUAAUGUCCAUGCAAGAUACAUACUGUGUAAGGCGGGGAGUAAUCUCAGAGGGAAGGCAUUAGCAGUAAUGGGGACCUCAGAUACUGGUCUAGACUCAAGAAGAAGAGGGGGCCUUCACUCUUACACUGCUUGAGAGUUAUGUCUCCUGAUUAAUAGACUAAGGAGAUUUUAAGAUUAGAAAUACUGAAUGGAAAAAACCUGCUGUAGGUAAGAGGAAUGAAGACAGGGAAGGGAAGAGAGGGUAGGAUGAGGGUCCAUUUCUAUCCUUGAUCCCAACACAGGCUGGAAGCACCCCCCCAACUUAGCACAACCCCACCUCAUCCCCCCCAAACAUGAGGGUUGCUGAUAUUUUUUCUGCAUUUUGCACAAACAGCAAACACAAAUUUCCCCUUCGGAGAGGGUGUAAAAGGAAAGAAACACUGAAUCCAAUUAGGGAGAGAAAAACAAUAAAAAAAAUUAUCUUGGACAAGAAA